AUGAAAGUGACCAAGAAAUCACACAAUACUACACCAGAUGUCGAACCAUCAACUACAAGUGCGAAAUCCAAGAAAACUAAGACUUGCCAUCAACCCAAAACCAGAACUAGAAGCAAGAAGAGUCCUCAGCCUGGUUCCAAACGUAGUACGAAGAUACACAGGAUGAUAAAGAAGGCCAAGAACACCCUGCCAAGUAUCUCAAAAAAGAAACCUUCGAAGAAAACUGCACCACCGAAAAAGAAGACUAAGCGCGCCAAAUGUGAAGCACUAUUCCAUCGCCGCCACCACCUAAUGGAUGAGAUGACCACUACUAGCACUGACACGGAAGACGAGCCGACUAGUUCAGACAGCUCCACUUGGUCAACUAGUGAUGAGGAAAGUCAAUAGACUCAGCAAGCCAACAAAGACCUGGAAAUCUGUUCAAAGGUCUGGCAGCUGAACAAUGUCAAACUGUGUAGACUCACCAGUUGCUACACAGUGCUUUGAUGCUGAUGAAAAUAAAAUCAAUCUGAUAUGAAAA